CAUCGACACACAGAGACCUCAGAGCAGCAUCAUGAUGGAAAGGAUCUUGCUGGGUGUCCUGUAUCUCUCAGGCUGGUCCAUCUUCUCCACAUGUCGUCUCCAUCAGUACCACUUUGUUGCUCAACGCAUGAAGUGGACUGAAGCUCAGACCUACUGCAGAGAGACAUACACAGACCUGGUCACCAUUGAAAACACUGAAGACAUGAACCAACUCAUCAACACAGCUUCAUCUGCUGGUUACAACAGUCAGGUCUGGAUUGGCCUGUACAGAGUCAUUGAUUGGAAGUGGUCAGAUGGGUACAGAGGGAGUGGAGCUGAAUAUAGGGACUGGAGAUCAGGUUAUCCAUACUUAUCGAUUAAUGUUCACUGUGUACUCACUGGACGUGGUCACGUAUGGUGGGAUUAUUAUUGUGAAAGAGAUUAUAAAUUCGUCUGUUAUAAUGGAACACAGCUGGAUCCUGAAUUUUUUUUUGUGAAUCAACCAAUGAACUGGUCCAAUGCUCAGAGGUACUGCAGGGAGAACUUCAUAGACCUGGCCACUGUGAGGAACAACACUGAGAGCCGGGAGGUCAAGAAUUUGGUGCCUUGGGCAGACUAUGCAUGGAUCGGCCUGUACAGAGAUGCUGACUCCUUCCUUUAUAACUGGUCUGAUGGCAGUCCCUACUCACUCACCACAUGGGGUGAUAAACAUUCAGUUUCAGGAUCACUCAGAUCAAUGAUGUGUGGUGUGCAGGAAUCAAACCAAUGGACAUUCAAGUCCUGUGAAGAGAGGUUUCCAUUUGUCUGCUACAGCAUCCCUGUACCAGUAAAGAGGUGGGUAGUUAAGCUGAGGAUGAAGGUGCAGGACUCCUCUGUGGAUCUCAAUGACCCUGCUGUGAAAGCAAACAUCCUGAAAAAGUUCCAGGACAGACUGAAGGAGCAAGGAGUGAGUGGAGUCACCCUGAAGUGGAGAGAACAGCAUGAUGGGAAAGUCUUCCACAAGGAGGGAAAAGAAGAGAAGAAGAAAAAAAGAAAGAAGACUGAGCUCUGAAAUGAAAACCCAGCUUUACUUAUCUGUAAUCCAUGUUGAAUGUUGAUUCUCUAUCUGCUAACAAUACACUAUCAUCAGCUUAACCGUAACCUUGACUACAUCCUGUAUAGAAGAGUUUUAUCCUUCCUCAUCAAUAUUACUGUGUGAAGUGUUUCAAUCAAAGUCACUUUUCUUCCAAAUAAAACAUAUGAGAUGA